AAUGUCCAAGGGCUGCUCCUGCUGUGAUCCUCCAAACCUCUUUGCUCUACGGAGGAGGCCGCUCAUUUCCUACAGGCAGGGUCCCUCUACCUUACUGGAAAAAGAGCUCUUGCUGGUGGGCGGGAAGAGGAAAGUUGCCGCAGAGCCGGGGAGCCUGUCUUAGUCCCUGAGAUGCCCCCUCCUUAAAGGAAGCGCGCGGGCGCUUGGAUUGUUUUCUUUUCUGAACUUCGUGCGGGGAGGGGGGGGGGGGGGGAAGGGCUUUUCCCGAGUCCUGCCGGCCGCCUUAAGGAGAAAAGAGAAAAGUUUUUUUUUUCUUAGCGGCGCUUCUUCUGGGAAGGAGAGAAAUAAUGACAGAGGAAAGCAAAGGCGAUGGGAAAGGCGAGAGCGGGAAGGAUCCGGAGAAGCAGCUACGCCUGCGGGUGUGCGUUUUGAACGAGUUGCUGAAGACGGAGCGCGACUAUGUGAACACCUUGGAGUUUUUGGUGUCGGCAUUCCUUCAAAGAAUAAUGCAGUGGGCUAUUACUAAGAUUGAUAAAAAUGUAACAGAGGAAACGGUUAAGACAUUGUUCUCAAAUAUUGAAGAUAUUCUAGAAGUUCACAAGAACUUCCUAUCUAGGAUUGAAGAAUGUCUGCAUCCUGAACCUAAUUCGCAACAAGAAGUGGGAUCCUGCUUUCUCCACUUUAGAGACAGAUUUCGUAUCUAUGACGAUUACUGCAGCAAUCAUGAAAAAGCACAAAAGCUUCUGCUUGAACUUAAUAAAAUAAAAACAGUACGGACAUUUUUACUGAACUGCAUGCUGUUAGGAGGACGAAAGAGUACAGAAGUACCUUUAGAAGGUUACUUGGUAACACCAAUCCAGAGAAUAUGCAAGUAUCCUCUUCUUUUGAAGGAAUUGUUAAAGCGUACUCCCAAAAAGCACAGUGACUAUUCUAUCUUAAUGGAAGCUCUCCAAACAAUGAAAGCUGUUUGUUCCAACAUAAAUGAAGCCAAGAGACAGAUGGAAAAAUUAGAGGUUUUAGAGGAAUGGCAGUCUCACAUUGAAGGAUGGGAGGGGUCUAACAUCACCGACACUUGCACAGAAAUGCUGAUGUGUGGUGUUUUGUUGAAAAUCUCAGCAGGAAAUAUACAAGAACGAGUGUUCUUUCUUUUUGACAAUCUUUUGGUCUAUUGCAAAAGAAAGCAUAGACGACUGAAAAACAGCAAAGCAUCUUCAGAAAGUCAUCGAUACCUUUUCCGAGGCAGAAUAAAUACAGAGUUGAUGGAAGUUGAGAAUGUUGAUGAUGGCACAGCUGAUUAUCACAGCAGUGGCCACAUUGUUCUCAAUGGUUGGAAGAUACACAACACAGCAAAGAAUAAAUGGUUUGUGUGUAUGGCCAAAACAUCUGAAGAAAAGCAUGAAUGGCUUGAAGCUAUCCUAAAAGAAAGGGAAAGAAGAAAAGGGUUAAAACUUGGUAUGGAACAAGAUACAUGGGUGAUGAUCUCUGAACAAGGAGAAAAACUUUACAAAAUGAUGUGCCAACAAGGGAAUUUGAUCAAAGACCGAAAGAGAAAAUUAACCACUUUUCCAAAAUGUUUCCUUGGAAGUGAGUUUGUAUCUUGGUUAUUGGAAACUGGAGAGAUUCACAGACCUGAAGAAGGUGUUCAUCUUGGUCAGGCUUUGUUAGAGAACGGCAUUAUCCACCAUGUUACAGACAAACAUCAGUUUAAACCUGAACACAUGCUCUAUAGAUUCCGUUAUGAUGAUGGCACAUAUUAUCCAAGAAAUGAAAUGCAAGAUGUAAUCUCAAAGGGUGUAAGAUUAUAUUGUCGUCUGCACAGUCUGUUUACUCCUGUGGUAAGAGAUAAAGAUUACCAUUUAAGAACCUACAAAUCUGUCAUAAUGGCUAAUAAAAUGAUAGACUGGCUAAUUGCACAGGGGGAUUGCAGAACAAGAGAAGAAGCAAUGAUCUUUGGAAUAGCGCUGUGUGACAAUGGAUUUAUGCAUCAUGUGCUGGAAAAAAGUGAAUUCAAAGAUGAACCACUUCUAUUUCGUUUUUUUGCGGAUGAAGAAAUGGAAGGCUCCAACAUGAAACACAGACUUAUGAAACAUGACUUAAAAGUAGUGGAAAAUGUAAUCGCAAAAUCGUUGCUGAUCAGAUCAAGUGAUGGAACUUAUGGUUUUGGUUUGGAAGACAAAAACAAAGCACCAAUUGUGAAAAUAGUGGAAAAGUGCUCAAAUGCUGAGGUGGCAGGUCUGGAAAUUGGAAAAAAGAUCUUUACCAUUAACGGUGACCUAGUUUUUCUAAGGCCCUUCACUGAAGUGGAUAGCUUUCUGAAAGCAUGUUUAAACAGUAAAAAGCCCCUCAGGGUACUUGUGAGCACAAAACCAAGGGAGACAGUUAAGAUUCCUGAUUCUGUGGAUGGACUUGGAUUCCAAAUACGAGGCUUUGGCCCUUCUGUUGUUCAUGCUGUUGGAAAAGGAACUGUGGCAGCUACUGCUGGGCUUCAUCCUGGACAGUGCAUAAUCAAAGUGAAUGGAAUUAAUGUCAGCAAAGAAACACAUGCAAGUGUUAUUGCCCAUGUGACAGCCUGCAGGAAAUACAGACGACCAAUGCAUCAAGAUUCUAUUCAGUGGGUAUAUAACAACACUGAUAGUGCUCAGGAGGAUUUUCAGAAAACGAAUACUAAACCAUUGGGUGAGGAUGGAGGAGAUGCAUUUAAUUACAAAGUUGAAGAAGCCAUUGAUAAAUUUAAUACUAUGGCAAUAAUUGAUGGACGAAAGGAUCAUGUCUGCCUGACUGUUGAUAAUGUUCAUCUGGAAUAUGGUGUUGUUUAUGAGUAUGAUAGUACUGCUGGAAUAAAAUGCCAUGUUUUAGAGAAAAUGAUUGAACCAAAAGGCUUUUUCAUCCUGACUGCAAAGAUCCUUGAAGCUCUAGCAAAAAGUGAUGAGCAAUUUGUGCAAAACUGUAGCAACUUAAAUAGUAUACAUGAAGUAAUUCCUACCAAUCUUCAGAGCAAAUUCAGUGCCAUUUGUAGUGAAAAAAUAGAGCACAUUUGCAGAAGGAUUACAAGUUAUAAAAAGUUUUCACGGGUCCUAAAAAAUCGAGCUUGGCCUACCUUCAAGCAAGCUAAGUCAAAGAUUUCACCACUGCAUAGCAGUGAUUUCUGUCCAACUAAUUGUCAUAUCAAUGUUAUGGAAGUCUCAUAUCCUAAAACAUCAACGUCACUUGGCAGUGCCUUUGGUGUUCAACUUGAUAGCAAAAAACAUUUUUCACAUGAAAAAGAAAACAAUCAUAUGGAGCAAGGUAAACAGCAAGGUAAACUGAAUCCCAUGGUUUAUAUACAACAUACUAUAACAACCAUGGCCGCUCCAUCAGGUCACUCAUUAGGUCAACAGGAUGGCCAUGGUUUAAGGUACCUAUUAAAAGAAGAAGAUUUAGAAACACAAGACAUCUAUCAGAAACUGUUAUGCAAAUUACAGAGUACAUUAAAGGAGGUGGAAAACUGUGUUUUUCAAAUAGAUGACCUUCUGUCUUCAAUAACAUAUUCUCCAAGUUCACAACAUACAAACCAUGAAUUGUUAAUGUCAACAGACAGUGAUAAUGAAAAAGGAGAACGCAAUGGAAAAAAAGUAUGCUUCAAUGUAGUAAGUGAUGAGCAGGAAGAUUCUGGUCAUGACACUAUAAGCAACCGGGAUUCAUAUAGUGAUUGCAACAGCAACCGGAAUUCUACUGCUUCUUUCACCAGUAUUUGCAGUAGCCAAUGCAGUUCUUAUUUUCAUAGUGAUGAAAUGGAUUCAGGUGAUGAACUUCCUCAGAGCAUCUGCAUUUCUCAUGAUAAGCAGGAUAAACUUUAUGGUUGCUUGGAACAUCUUUUUGGUCAGGUAGAUUCAAUUAUUAAUCUACUCAAAGGUCCAGCAGUGGCUAGAGCUUUUGAGCAAACCAAGUUCUUCACCCCGGGUCGAAGUUUUCAAGAAUUUCAGCAAGAAAUUGAACUUAAGGUGAACUGCCCAAAGAAACUGAGGCUUCAUAUUAAACAAGAUCCUUGGAACCUCCCCAGCAGUGUUCAAAACCUUUCUCAAAGCAUCCGAAAAUUUGUGGAAGAGGUAAAAGCAAGAGUCCUUCUGGCACUUCUUCAAUAUACAGAUAGUGAAAUACAGCUCAGGAGAGACAUGGUCUUCUGCCAGAGUCUAGUUGCUACAGUUUGUGCAUUUUCAGAGCAAUUAAUGGCUGCCUUAAAUCAAAUGUUUGACAAUGGUAAGGAGUGUGAAAUGGAAACACAAGAGGCCAGUAGGAGAUGGUUGGAACAGAUAUCUACUGCAGGUGUUCUCCUUUACUUCCAGUCACUGCUGUCACCAAACCUGACUGAUGAACAAGCUAUGCUAGAAGACACAUUGAUUGCAUUAUUUGAUUUGGAGAAAGUUACAUUUUAUUUUAAACAUUCUGAACAGGAACCUUUAGUAGCAAAUAUGCCAAUCACAUAUCAAGCAGAAGGAAGUCGGCAAGCUAUGAAAAUUUAUUUUUAUCUUGAUAGUUACAAUUUUGAACAGCUUCCUCAGAGGCUGAAAAAUGGUGGAGGUUUUAAACUUUACCCAGUUCUAUUUGCACAAGCCCUGGAAAGUAUGGAAGGAUAUUAUUAUAGAGACAAUGUAUCAGUAGAAGAAUUUCAAGCCCAGAUUAAUGCAGCUUCAUUGGAAAAAGUAAAACAAUAUAACCAAAAACUCAGAGCAUUUUAUCUGGACAAAUCAAAUCUUCCUCCUAAUUCAACAUCAAAAGCUGCUUAUAUAGAUAAGCUAAUGAGGCCUAUCAAUUCUUUGGAUGAGCUUUACCGAUUAAUGGCAUCGUUCAUAAGAUCCAAGCGCACAGCAGCCUGUGCUUACACAGCUUGUAGUGCUUCUGGAGUUGGACUACUGUCUGUCUCUUCAGAACUCUGCAGCCGCCUGGGAGCUUGUCACAUCGUCUUAUGCAACAGUGGAGUUCACCGUUGCACUCUGAGCAUCACUUUAGAGCAAGCAAUAAUUCUUGCUCGGAGUCAUGGUCUACCUCCUCGCUAUAUCCUCCAAGCUACAGAUGUGAUGCGCAAGCAAGGAGCAAGAGUUCAAAAUACUGCAAAGAAUUUAGGAAUUAGGGACCGAACACCACCAACUGCUCCAAGAUUGUACAAACUAUGUCAGCCACCCCCACCUGUUGGAGAAGAGUAAAGAUUCUUAUCUGAAGAUUAAUCAAUAUACCAGUUUCCACAAACAGAAGGAUAAUAGUCUUUUGAGUAUGGAUACAGAGCCUUUUCUUCUUAAACGUGACUAUGUAAAUAAAGAGUAAUGACUUCUGCUGGGAAAAAUACCUGGAUUUACUGUGCAUGUUCUGUGAAUGUAUUUCUUGGGCUGUUUUUAAAUGCUUGAUUCAGCAAUACCAAGUGUUCAACAAAGUAUGGGCAGGAACAUGAAAACAAAAGAGAAAGAUUGGAAAAAUCACUAUAUCAUACUAUUUCAAAAAGCGACAUCUUCAUCCAUAGGAUGAUUUAUUAAAUUAAUGCUCUGAUGAAAUAGAUAUUCUAUAUUGAAAUGCUUUCCUAAUGCAUAUCUCAACUAGUCAUAGAAACUCUACUGCUUGCUUUAGCAACAGUAAAUUUUAAUGUAAGAAAUCCAAUUUGUUCCAAUUGAGGUGAGGGACUGAAACAACAGAUGGAACUGAUGAAUCAAAAUUAUAUUCAGUACUCUAAUUCAUAGGUUGUUCAAUGGUUUUUGACAGGAAUGUUUCCUGUAAUAGCAAAGUUUUGAUCAUGGUGAGCGUUUGUAGAAAAUUCAAAUGAGAUAUUCAAUCUUACUCAUUUUUCUACCUCAGUUGUUUCUGUGAAAUCACAAACAUUGACUAAGAAAAAAAAUCCAGUUAACAAAUUUGUUUUAACUCAAAAUUAUCUUUCAUCAAACUGAAAAAUGAAUGUUUUAUUAAGGUCUUAAAAUUAAGGCAUAUUUUAAAAAAUAACACAUUUGUAGCUAUUUUCCAUUCUUCCCCCAACACUCAAGACUUGAUUUGCAGGGACCAUAUCAGUGGUGGGUUGCUAUUGGUUCUCCCCAGUUCGGGUGAGCUGGUAGCGGAGAUGGUGAGGUGAGAGCAACCGGUUUGCUCCAUCAGUUGGGCCCUCCCGACCACCCCUGCGCUAUACCUACCUAUAUUCAUUCAUUUUUAGCCCAGCUGCUAGGCGCGGUAGAGUGGAUUGCUGCGCCUCAGCUGUUCUGAAAUUCAAUGCGUUUGCACGAAGCGAACUGGUGGUAACAUUGGUUGAAACCCAUCACUGGACCAUGUAUACAGUUUGCAUUAGCUUUACAUUGUUGCGUGAAUCUACUGUGAUUAAAAAGAAAAGCCUUAAGCCCUUUUUAUAACUUGUUGUAGCUACCCUAUCUUAACAACAGUCUAGUUUAUCCAGUUCUAAACUAAUGGCUGAGCUAGAAUCUAAUAGCCAUUAGUUCUCUAGUCUAUUAGGAUUAACUUCAAAAUUUAAAAAACAGGUUUUGUUUUAAAAACCCAUGGAGUAAGGGAAAUUAGCAUUCCCAUUCCACAUGCAGGCCUUGAAAUCCAAUGAGUACACAACUGGGGUUUUUUUCCAGAUAAUUUUUACAUAAAUGAAAAACUAUACAAAAGGGGAAAAUCUAUCAAAAAUUAGUUACCUUUGUUUCUGUUGUCUGGGUUUCAUUGAGUUAUAUGAAUUUACACUUAAUUAACAUUAAGCCACAUUGUGAUAAUUGUCUAAAUGUGUUACAGUAUGUUUGAAGCUAUAAUUAUCUAAAUGUGUUACAGUGUUUCAAGCAAUAGAUAUUGUAACAAUGCUGCAAAAAAUAUCUGUAUCCCAUAAAAACAGAUUUUGCUGGCAAGAAGGGUCUAGAUUGAAAGUGCAAUUGUAUAUAUUUCCAAAAUAAAUAAAGUUCCCCUGAAUUCAAUGAGUCCCAAGUAAUAGGUAAAGGAUUCCAGGAGAAAUUGUUGGGUAUUUUAUAUUAAUCCAUAUUAAAUGCUUAUGCUGACUCUAUAAACUGCUUAGAGAGGGCUGUAAAGCACUGUGAAGCAGUAUAUAAGUCUAAAUGCUAUUGCUAUUGCUAUUAUUAGGUUAUAUCCAUUAGGAAUAGAAGAGAAUAAAUACAAAUAACAUGAAUUCUGGUAUUUACUCAGUGAAGUGGUCAGGCACCACUUUUUAAUUAGGAAAAAAACCCAGUGGAAUUAUAACAUUUCUGUUAUAAUACAGAGUUUUUACCUGACAAAAACCCAAUAUAAUUCUACAUUGUUAGUUCAUGCUGUUGCACUGAUUUCCUAUAAUGAUUUUUAACUCAAUCAACAACAAAAUGCUCUUCCAAGAACUUGAAAGUAAGAAUUAAUAAUUAUUUCUUCCUAUUCCUGCAUUUUCUUGAAUGACAAGAAGGCAAAUGGCAAAGUUUUAAUAUAUAUGUGCAUUUUGGAUAAAAGAAAAUUACCACAACAUGCAAAUGCUGGUCCUGCAACAAUAUAAUCAAGUAGUCGUAAUAUUCUUUCACUCUAAGGAAACAGUGCAGUAUUUUCUAUUCAAAAGCGAAUGCAUUACAUAAAGCUUCUUUAAAAAUCUGAAUUUUGUUGAUAUUUAAAUGUGUACAUUUGCAGCAUUUAAAUUCUGUAACAGAAUAUAUCAGCCCCUGAAAUGUAAAAGAGAGUUUCCACUUUGACUGGACAAGCCAACAGAAAGGAUCUAUCCUUCUGUCAAAAAUAUCUCCCUAUGCAGCAGCAGCAUUUCCCCCCGACAUUAGUAACUUCUGGUUCAGGAAGUAGCACUGUAUUUGUAGCCUUUGGAGUCUCUUUAGAAAUGUGUUGUUAAUUUAAAUUUCUAGUCUUUCAAAAUGGAAAUGUUUUGGUUUGAUGGUAAAAGAAAAGCUAAGGAUGAUCUACUGGUAGUAUGGUAGAAUAAGCCUUAGUCAUGAAAGCUUGAUAAACUUUACAUGUCUUUAAUUGGUAUAUUUGGUUCCUAUUCAACCCCAGUCCUGAUUAGUUCUAGGUUAUUUGGGUAGAUUGAGUUGCAUACUUCAUUUAUUCUUUUAGAAGUUGCAGCAUCAGCAUUUGAGGACUCCUGUUCUAAAAUGUUAAAUGUAUUUCGAAUGGCCAUUGGAAAAAUCACAUUUCUCAGAUGUGAUAGAAAGAACCAUUUUCAGGUUAGAAGUAUUUUAGGUAGAAGUAUUGUAUUUUUCAUACAAUUGAAAUCCUGCCUUUUAACCAGAUUAAAAAAAACCUUGCCCUAUAGUUCAAUAGAACAAUUAUUAUAUUCUAAAGUUUAGUUUAGUUUAGUUUAGUUUAGUUUAGUUUAGUUUAAUGCGAUUUAUAUGCCGCCCUAUCUCCUAAAGUGCCUAGAAAUAUUUCUAUCUUUAACCAACAUCUUGCUGGCUAUUGGCUAUGGCCGUAUUGUUACUGUUAUAGUAGACUGUAUUUCUAUAACUCGUGCAGAUAUCCUCCUUAUUUAAAAAUACCACAGCAAUAUUAUUUAAUCUGUAGCAUGUAUAUAGUGUAAGAAAUCAAGUAAUGCUUAUGCCAUUUGUCAUAAAAAAACCCUUUUUGUUUAGCAGUGCUAGGUUAUGCAGAAGAAUAUAUUUUUUUAAUUACUUAAACAGAAGUCUAGAACACUGCUGUUUUUGCAAAAGAAAAAUAGAACAUGAAACAUUUUACAAUAUAUAUUAAUAGCUUCUCUGAUAUCUUCGUUACAGUAUUAUGUAUUUCAACUUUUGUUUCAUAACAUUGAUAAAUAAAAAUAAAACCUCUUUAUGGGUGGUUUUUGUUUUGGAUUAUAUUAGAAUGAUAGAGGCUUGUAAAUGGUAUUGAAAGGGUAUGGAUAUGUGGGUUCCCCAAGCUUUCCAAGAGCCAAACAAGCAUGGGAACAGGAAAAAAAUAACCAUUUUUUAAUUAGUUCAACAUUGAUUGGGACUCUUGUGAGGUCCUUGGGUGACUUGAGGAGGAGGAGUUGACUGUCUCCUAGUAAUUGGAGAUGGCAAGGGAGCCCUCUGGAAAGACACCGGCAGUUAUGGAGCAAGGCCACUGUUUCGAUGUGCCAGUCAGCUGUUGGCAGUGCAGUGAUGAAAAUGGAGUUGCCAAUGCUAGAGAAAGUUGGUGGCAUGUUUUGUUAGUGGAGGUGGCCAUGCAAGAGCACCAAUGGCCACAGAAGAUCAUAUAAGAGCAGUUCUCUUUUGCUGAGAUUAUAGCUCUGACAGCAGUGGGAGCACAAGCAGCCCAGCAGUGAUAUUUCUGCACUGGCUUGGGUCACGUGAAUCUUGCAUUAGCCAGUAACCGUCUUGUCUCUGACAUGCAGCACCUAGACUUGGAAAGAACAACUAUUGAUAUUUGGAGCUGCUGACCCACUACUAUGGACUUUCCAUCUUUUCCUGGUGGACUGUGUGUUAGGAAUGUGGACUUUUUUUCACCAAAGAGUUGGCUUUGAAUUAUAGCAGAUGCUCUUUGCCUACCAGGGGUCUCCUUGACAGAUAACAAACGAGAACGGAGAUGGAUAACUGAGACCAGAUGGCUCUCUUUUCUAAGUGUGAAUGGUAUGGUGUGAAAUGAUGUGGAUACAAUAAAAAAAAUGCUGUUUGUUGGUAUUAUUUAAAAGGAACUCAUUAAUGUGAAAAAUAAUAUGGAGGUCAUUUCAAUAUUUUAUCUAUCAAAAGCAUUCUGGUGUAAUUGUACUUGAAAUAUUCCUUUUAUCUUUCCGUGGUAUUAAAAGCCAAACAUAUAUUAUUUGUAGAGUUGUUUCAUUUUGGGCUUGCUCUUUUACAGUCCGUUGGCAAAAAGCCCAGUGAUCACUGUAGUGCAUUCAAAUAAAAAUAUUGGUUGCAUUUA